AUGAACAAUAACUGUGCUGGAGUUGGAGUUGGUGCUGGGGCAGUGGGUGGUGGGGGUGGAGCUUAUGAUGCUAAAAUAGCAGGAUUAUAUGAUUUACUCGACACCUUAGGAUCUGGUCACUUUGCCGUUGUGAAAUUAGCUCGUCAUGUUUUCACGGGUGAAAAAGUUGCUGUUAAAGUCAUAGAUAAAAGUAAACUAGAUGAUGUUUCUAAAUCACAUUUGUUCCAAGAGGUACGCUGUAUGAAGUUGGUGCAACAUCCCAAUGUAGUACGUCUGUAUGAAGUGAUAGACACACAAACUAAACUUUACUUAAUACUAGAAUUAGGAGAUGGUGGCGACUUAUAUGAUUACAUUAUGAGACAUGAAUCCGGUUUAUCUGAAUCUCUUGCUCGUGACUAUUUUCGUCAAAUUGUUCGUGCAAUAUCAUACUGUCAUAGGUUACAUGUGGUACAUCGUGAUUUAAAACCGGAAAAUGUAGUCUUUUUUGAAAAACUAGGCGUAGUGAAAUUGACUGACUUUGGAUUUAGUAAUAAAUUUUGUCCUGGUCAGAAAUUAGAAACUUCAUGUGGAUCUUUAGCAUAUUCAGCCCCAGAAAUUCUUCUUGGAGAUUCCUAUGAUGCACCUGCAGUUGAUGUUUGGUCUUUGGGGGUCAUACUCUACAUGCUUGUGUGUGGUCAAGCUCCAUUUCAGGAAGCUAAUGAUAGUGAAACUUUGACAAUGAUUAUGGACUGUAAAUACACUAUUCCUCUACAUAUAUCAAAUUCUUGUAAAAGGCUUAUCGGGCGCAUGUUAGUGAGGGAACCUGAAAAACGUGCGACGCUAUCUGAAAUUGCUACAGACCCCUGGGUUACAGCAGGUGAAGGAGUCACAGUGGAAGACUUUGAUACACCUUUGGUGGCUAAAGAGCAACUUUCAGAAGAUGAUCGGACAGCAAUAGUUCAAAGGAUGGUUAAUGGCACCAUAGCUUCCAAAGAGCAGAUUUUAGAAGCUUUAGAAAAAAAUGAAUAUAAUCACAUCACAGCGACAUAUUACCUUUUGGCAGAGAGGAAACUCAGAUCCAAAAGGCAGGAGGCUAAUCUGCGUGCACGUCGACCAGAGGCGCUCAGCGUGGCACGCGCCGCGCCCGCGCCGCAACCGCGCGGACUACUGGCGCCGCCCACACUCUCCGCCGCACCGCGCACGCCGCAAGACGUACCGCCGCGAUCGCGGAAAUGUAGCAUUGUUCGCGAAGAAGAGGACGACGAAGAAGGUGCGGUCGCCGGUGGAUGCGGUGGACGCGUGGUGGACGCUCGGCGCGGCUCGCGCUCCGAGGGCCGCCUACAUCUCGCCGCGCGCGCCGCGCACCCUGCCGCGCCCGCACCUUCUGCGCAACGCUCUACUCAUCUCGCCGAUAACCUAACCAAGGUGAACUUGGAUGAUGAAGGGAGUGCUGAAUCAAUGGCGCGCGGAGCCCCGCCUCCGGCGCCACCACCCGCGCGUCGCCAGCGACUCGAGUGUCGGCGGCGUCGCGCCCGCGCUGGCUCUUGUUCAUCUUCGGACCUUUCCGACGACGACUCCGAAAAAAAGAAGCGCGCUGCAGAGCACGCCGACGGACCACCAGAGCGAGCCCGUCGGGAUUCGCACGACGAUUCCAGCGACAGCCAAGAACGCGGGGGAGGGGCUGGGGCACUAGGCGGGAGUCGCGGGGCCACUCGGGCGGCCGCGCCUGCGUCCGCGCCGGCCGAGCGCGGCGCAGGCGGGGCAGCCGGGGACGGGCGCGCGGGCGGCCCGGCGGGUGCGGCCGGUGGUCGGCGACGGCGCGCGGCUCGCAAGGAGAGUCGGCUGCGCGAGUCGCGGUCGCUAAACCGCAUCGCGGAGGUGGAGGAGGCGCACGGCGCGGCGCGCUGGGCGGGCGGCGGCCUGGUGGCCCUGUGUGGCCGGCCCCUGCUGCGGCUGCUGGCGGCGGCGCGGCCCCCGCCCGGCGCGCGGCGCCUGCACGGGCUGUGCUAG